AUGUCGACUGAUUUUAUUGCAGGAUUUAUCGGCAAGAUCUGUGACCUGAUUGAUGAGAGAAGUGCAUGCUACAAGAACCCUUGUCUCAAUGGAGGCAAGUGUCUCAUCAAGAACACACUGUCCAACUUUACCUGCAAGUGCAUGAUAGGAUACAGAGGUCAGUGUUUAGUGUAGAUGCUAGGAUACAGAGGUCAGUGUUAGUGUGCAUGAUAGGAUACAGAGGUCAGUAUUAGUGUGCAUGAUAGGAUACAGAGGUCAGUGUUUAGUGUAGAUGCUAGGAUAGAGAGGUCAGUGUUAGUGUGCAUGAUAGGAAAGAGAGGUCAGUGUUAGUGUGCAUGUUAGGAUACAGAGGUCAGUGUUAGUGUGCAUGAUAGGAUACAGAGGUCAGUGUUAGUGUGCAUGACAAGAUACAGAGGUCAAUGUUAGUGUGCAUGAUAUGAUGCAGAGGUCAGUAUGAGUGUGCAUGAUAGGAUAGAGAGGUCAGUGUUAGUGUGUUGAUAGGAUAGAGAGGUCAGUGUUAGUGUGUUGAUAGGAUAGAGAGGUCAAUGUUAGUGUGCAUGAUAGGAUACAGAGGUCAGUGUUAGUGUGCAUGAUAGGAUAGAGAGGUCAGUGUUAGUGUGCAUGAUAGGAUAGAGAGGUCAGUGUUAGUGUGCAUGAUAGGAUACAGAGGUCAGUAUUAGUGUUCAUGAUAGGAUAGAGAGGUCAGUAUUAGUGUUCAUGAUAGGAUAGAGAGGUCAGUAUUAGUGUUCAUGAUAGGAUAGAGAGGUCAGUGUUGGAAAAGUUUGCAUUUCAACGAUCUAGUUGCAAGAAUCUAUUAACAAAUUCAUAGCAUGUUUUGUUUUUAAAGGUGGGUGGGGGUUGGGGAGAUUUACACAAUGUCUCUGUGCACAAUGUCUCUGCAUACAAUGUCUCUGGGCACAAUGUCUCUGAGCACAAUGUCUCUGUACACAAUGUCUCUGUACACAAUGUCUCUGCAAACCAUGAUUAAGUAAGUCAUGUUCAUUAUGUUGAUAAGUAAUGUGAUAUUUAUACUCAGUGCAUGCUUAUGUGAUACUUGAACAUCCUGAUGUAGUUAAUGACUGAAAUAAAAUAGACUGACCCCUAAAUCACCAAAUGACCACAAACCACCAAAUGACCCCAUACCACCAAAUGACCCCAUAUCACCAAAUGACCCCAUACCACCAAAUGACCCCAUACCACCAAAUGACCCCAUAUCACCAAAUGACCCCAUACCACCAAAUGACCCCAUACCACCAAAUGACCCCAUACCACCAAAUGACCCCAUACCACCAAAUGACCCCAUACCACCAAAUGACCCCAUACCACCAAAUAACCCCAUACCAAAAUGACCAUAAACCACCAGAUGACCUCAAACCAUCAAAAUGACUACAAACCACCAGAUGACCUCAAACCAACAAAAUGACCACAAACCACCAAUUGACCCCAGGCCACCAAAUGACCACAAACCACCAAAAGACCUCAGAUAUUUAAAUGUAUCAUUUCGUCCACACCAGGUCCCUUGUGUGCCCAAGAGGACCACUGCGCCUCAAUGCCUUGCAGAAAUGGCGGCACCUGCACGCCCAUCGAGAGUGGCUUCGAGUGCGCUUGUAAG